AUGCAAAGACAAGAUGGCGCAUUUGGUCCACUUAAAGUUGAAGACAUAGCAUCUAUUUUGGAAAAUUAUGAUGAUUUUUACCCCGACUCGGAAGAGGAGGAUUGCGUGACUCAAGACGAAGUUAGAAGCGACGUUGAAGGCGAAAUGGUGGACUACAUUGAAUCUACAAUCCAGUCGGAUAUCAUGGAAAUUAUUCAAAGCCCAUCACAAUAA